CGAGCCUUGUCGAAAAACAAUGUAAGUAUGAUUGCAAUGUUUUUAUGCUUAGUUAUCUUUCAUCACUUUGAAUUCCGACAACGCCUGUAGACUGUCAUUUCUUGAGUACAGUUUAUUUGGCUGUUCGCUACGGGAAGACGCAAGGGCGAACAGUUCAAACGGAAGAUGGACAAGAAAUUAGAAUAUAAAUUUUGCCUGAAUAAAGUGAUCUAAUCAUACAUUCAGAGUGCCUAAAAAGUCGCGCCGUCGGUCAAAACAAGUAGGACAUGGUGUUAAAUUAUGAAAUAACAAUCAGUGUCAAGACCUCGGAGCUUUGUUUGUUCCUGUACAAAUACCUUCCAGAAAUCUGACAGGUUUUUGUCAAGCACCAACCAAUAUUCAAAAGUUUUACGAUCCAAAGUCAAUAUUUGGGCUGAGACAUUCAAUGUGAAUAGGUUUAGUUAGCGUCCUGUGCGACCGAGCUCGAAUAGCCAGGGUUUCAAGCGGGAUUAGCACUUUUGGAGAUCAAAGCAAUUUACAACUGUCCAGUGACACACAAAUGACGACAAGCAGAGAACAUACCAACUGUUCAGAUCGUAAAUGCAAGCGAUAUCCUCUUGGCGUUAUUUCGUUGCCACAGAUCUCUUUCCAUGCUGUGACGUUUGUAUCCGCUAAGAACGAGUUUAAGCGGCAUUUAGUAAUGGUCAUUAAAAAGACCAGCUGAAAGCUUGCGUUACAUUGAAGGCGGGAUUCUAGGCCUGCCCUAGAGACCCUCAACGUGGAAUCUCGGUUCAUAUUGCGGGAGCACAGAAUCACCGUCUUAAGAAUAGACAGAGAAACUUCCGGUGGUGCACGCCUAGCGCAUUCAAGGGAUUUGAGGUGAUAUCAAGACGCCACAUUACACAAAUACUGUGUUUAUACUACAAGGACAACUACUGCCGGUCGCUGAAGUUGAAUUGGAUCGAUCAGGGCAAUUGGCGGAGUCAACGAACGCAACGAACUCAAAAUGGUCGUUCGCAAGUCGGAAGGUUACACUCUGUUGUUCCUCGAGAUUUUCAUAAUUAUCCUGAACACUUUGGCUAUAAUAGUUAUUCAACGCUUCAAAAAGAAAUACAACCCAGACAUUCUGAUACUUACUCUAGCCGUUGCAGAUCUCAUAAAGGCGUUUAUUCCUUUGAACAUGUCUUUGGUGGCUUACCUUGGCGGUAUAGCUAUGACUGAAGGCUCCCCUAAGUGUAUUAUAUUCGGCUGGACGGCUUUCACUGUAAACAGCUCGAUCAUGCUUGUUAUGACGAUAAUGGCAAUCGACAGAUAUGUGGCGAUAUGCUGGCCUUUUGAGUACAAGCAUAACCUCACGAAGAAACGACUAAUUUACGCUAUCAUUGCAGUGUUUGUAUUCAGUGGGGUCCAUUCCAUCUUACCCUUAGUAGGAGUCGGCAGAAUGAGGUCGUAUUAUAACGGAAGCUUUUGCCAUUUUGACUUUGAUUCCACGGUUCCUGCGUCUCUGGGUUACAGCGUUUUUGUUCUGGUUCUGGGGAUAUCUAUGCUUGUGGUUGUGAUAUUUUGUUACACUCGCGCCAUGUUAAGCAUCAAAGGGCUUAUUCGUCGCCAGCGUCGAAUGUCCGCUUCUUCACGCGACGUUGAUGGCGCUGAUCGGAAAAGACAAUCCAUGAACCAUAUGUUUGCUCGUCUUAUGAUUGUUAUGAUGAUUGCAUUUUGUAUUUCGUGGCUUCUCUUCCUGAUCGUUGUUCUUCAACACGUGAGCGGCUGGUUCGUAAUCCCAGCUGCGGCACAUUUCUGGUCCAUGCGACUAGCUGUUAUUAACUCUCUGUUAAACCCAAUAAUUGGUGCAGCAAUGUGCAAGCCAUACAGAAAGGGUUACAUGUUCAUCCUUUGUAAAUGUCUUCACUGCUGUGGAUUAUGCUCCUCUUACAAAGCCGAAGAUCCCUGGACACGUUCCCGGAAGUUGUCCACAGGUUCACGGAACAGUUAUGAACGAGAUCAAAACGAACCGAACAAAAAUGAUACUAUGAGAAGCAAGAUCAGGAACAAUCCAUCAUUCAACAGUUAUCAAGAUUCUGGCAUUGUUCCCGAUAGCAAUGACUGUACUGGAAGCCUGACAUAUCAUCAGGAUGGGGUAUUUAACGAUGCUUUUGACCUUGACGGAGGUAGUACAAGUGGAGGUGGGAGAUGUCAAACACGGCCAAGGCUCUCUAGAAAGCGUAUCUCUUUUAAAGAUGAAUUUGACGCGCAAAACAUAGCAGAAAUGUCCCUUAGUGAGGAAAACGCCGCGGAACCAUUGACGAGAACGCCUGACGAUACAACUGUUCCAGACCAGCAUCCCAUUCCAUUCCUACCCAACAUUACGAAAGGUGAUCUUCUAACGACUCAAGAUGUGAAUAAUGAUACUGAAAAUACUUCGAGUGGAAACCAGUUUACUUCUGUGCAGGCCCCACCUGAGGGCAAGGACAACAGAAUGACUGCAGUCAGUUCAAAUGGAAAUCAGGGAAGAAAGUACGGUAUUUCAGGUAUUGAUCAGUCUUCGCUUGAGCGGUCUUCAGCUGGGAGACCAACAGGAAAUAGCGACUCCCUUCUCACAUCAAGCAGCAAAGCCCCUCUGAGAGAAGGCCAUAGAACGGAAGAGAAAAUAACCCAUAGAGAGAAAGCACCGUUAGAAAAUACCGUCAGUCAGCUGAUGGUAAAAGACGAACGAGCAACAGCAAGCUAUUUACCAAAAGGUAUAAUUGGCGAUAAUAGUGAAAAAGAGAAAUCUUUGAGGGAACUAAGUGAAUUGCAUUUGAUCUCACCAAGAGAAUCAUCUUUUGAAUCAGUUCAGAUUACUCAUUUUCCUGUUGGUACAAAUUCUGGCAUAAAGACAACCACGGUGAAAUCGCCAGUAUUGAAGAACAGUCAGCCUUGUGGUUUUUCACCAUUUUCUUUGAGGAGUGGUUCGUUCACUGAAAGAACUCGGGAAAUGUCACUAGAAAAUCAAAAAGCGCGAUCUCGGUCUUUCGCAAAUGACCGUUUGGUAAAUGAAUCCGACAAUACAAGGCAGGAAAGACAUGAUUCACUUGAACGGCAGCCAUUAAUUCGUCCAGUAACCACACAACGCUCGCAUGCAGUGGAAGGUUUGCUUGACACCCCGAGGUACAAAUCUGGCGAAGUCCUGCCAUCAAAUUUCUCGCCAAACCUUGGCAGAGCCAAGAGCUUUGAAUCCAUGCUCAACAAUACUCGCUUUAAAUCGGACAGCACAGGGUAUGGGGGUCCUGACUUGCCGUCGUUUCAAAGACAUUCAUCUGCUCUCAAGGGGGGACAGUUAAACGCAACGAGUAACUGGUAUUCUUCAGAGCCUGAUCUAACUCGCACUUUGCAGGAGACAGUUUUUCUGACUUCACCAUGCAGAUCACCGCACUGCAACUCCGGACCACACAGUGAGCCCUUUAAAGAAAAUGUGCAUAACAGUUACCAAAGAAGAGCCUCUAGUAACCAGGUGACGUCGCGGUCACCAAUCAAGAUUUGCAGACAAUUGAGCGAGCUGAGUCAGAAAGAACUAGAACGAGAAGUUUUCUGCUAAAAUUAAAUAUUAAACAUUGGGAGAGAAGAAAAAAAAUAGCUUUUUUCCCAUGAACUUUAAUGCCGAGAAGAUGAUAUUUUAAUAGGAGUGUAACCAAAAGAAAGAGAUGAAAAAAUAGUAUGAUUAUUUGUCGGAACAAUUGUAAUUUUAAUUUUGCUGAUUAUAGCAGGAAGAGAACAUAUGCCCCAAACGACAGAUAUUUAACAUGGAAGGUAAUUUAGUGAUGAAUUUCUUUACAUAAUGAAAAGAAGAUCAAUAAAAAUAAGUUUGCUUUCGAAUGCUUAGAACCCUAA